GAAAAUCAGUAAAACAAUCCCAAAAUUUAAUAAAUCCAUCAUUAGCCGAGGUAACUAUUUCUUCGUUUUUACUAUUAAUUGUAGAAUAUAAAACUCUUCCCUAAUGUCCUUCCGUUUCGCUAAUUUUUUCGAUUUUUUAUGUUUUUUUUUCUUACCAAACCAUAACUUUAUUACUAGGAAAUCCAAAAGUACAUAAAAAAAAGCCUGGAUAAUUAUUUUUCGAGCAAACAAUAUUACAUAUUUAAGCCCCAGUAUUGACAACUUAUAAAUUUUCCCCACUAAAAGAAUCCCAAAGUCUUAAAGUGCCAUCAAACUUUCCUCCGCCAGUAAUAAAAUGGCUAUGUUUUAAACUACUCCAACUUAACCCUUUAACACCUGCUUUAUGUUAACUCAAUUUGUGAAUAGGCCUUUGUUAAUUAAAUUUAUUCCAAACAAAAACCUUAUUAUCAUUUCCCCCGGAAAGUAAAUAAUUAGAAUCGAAACUCCAGGCUAAACUACAUACUUCCCUUUAAUGACCUCCGCUUUCGAAAGAUUAACAAAUAGAUUGUUUUUAUCUCACGUCUAAAUUAUAAAUACUUCUUUGUUUUCCUGCUGCUGUUAAUACGAAUGCAUUUUACCAGGCUAAUACGCCAACUCUUUUUCCUUAUUUUUGUAAUGUAGAUAUCGCUUGGAGCUUGUUUAAGUCCCAAAGCUAAACAAUUCCUUUACUGUCUGAUAUGGCUAAUUGGUUUUCAUUAUAUUCAUGAAAUUUUAAGCAACUAACGUAUUCGGUUGAUUUACAUAUGUUUAUUGAUUUUAUACUUUUUUAUUUUUAUUUUUUUUUAAGAUUUUUUUUUAUUAUUUACUCUUUAGAUGAUGUGUUAUAUAGAUAUACUUUCUAAUUAACUGAUAUUGAAAGAGUUUUUUAAUUGUUAUAACUUAUUAAGUUGAGAUAAAAAUCGUCACGUAAAGGCGGUGUUUCCAGAAUUUGAGAAGGGACUAGAUCAAAUUUUUUUUAAUCUUUCUUUUAUGAUUAAAGAUCUGGUUAUGAAUCUUUGAAAUAUUAUUAUUAAUAUUUGGUUUAGGGUUAUACUA